AUGUCAGCCCAAAGAAAACGUGGUUGUAAUUACACAAAUGAAGAAACUGCAAAACUCCUGGAGCUUGUGGAACAGCAUCGCACUUCAAUAGAAGAUAAAAGGACGGGUGCCAUUUACUUACGCCAAAAACAAGAAGCGUGGGAUAAAAUUUGCCUUGCGUACAACGCUGUGGCAACAAAUGGUGUGCGUACUGUCGGACAACUUCGAGUUAUGUACGACAAUAAAAAACAAAAGGCCAGAAAAGCCCUUGCUUUACACAACAAAAAUGAAUAUAUUAAAAACAAUGUUGUGUUAUCGUCAUACAACAUUUCUGAGACAGAAUUUAAAGAUGCAAUCCAACAUGAAACAAACGAUAAGGGACAGUGUAGUAAAACUGGUGGUGGUAGUUGGUGCCCCUCAGUUACAGAAAGUGACCAGAAAAUUUUGGAACUCUUGAAAGAUCAGGUCACUCCAUUACACAAUGAGUUUGAUAGUGCUGCUACAUUUUUUGGAGACACAAUCAAUAUCAUGGGCAGUGAAGACCACACUCAAAAUGUUGUUAUUAUUGAUAACGGUGUGCUGUCAGGUAGACACGAAGCUGAUCUCUCAUCGAAAAUGAAUGCAACACCAAAAUGUGGAAAGACUCCAAAAAUAGUGAAAAGAAGACAAAAUGCAACUACACCUCACCGUCCCAAAAGAAAUGGACAAGUAAAUUAUAAAGUUCUCUACUUCAAAAGAAAGAGCCAAAAUGCAUAUUUGGAGAGAAGGCGCUUACAUCAAGAAAUCAGACUGCGACAAAAAGAACAUAGCUUGUUGUUGAAGGAACAUCAAAUAAGGCUUCAACAUAUGGAAGAAGAACACAAAAUGAAGAUGAAUAAAUAG